AAUAGGCAAGAAAGGCACAAGCCUCAGGAACAGCUAGAGGGAAGAGCACACUGCCGCAGCCCCGGGCACGAUGAGGUCCCUUCGCUUUAUUGCUGCAGAAGCCCUGGUGUCCCACCCCUCACUGGCCCGGGACAGCUUGGACAGUGUGGCCUACAAUCUCUACCCACUCCUGUUCAAGGCCAGCUACCUACUGGAGCAGGCAGAAGUGACCCGUGCUGUGUUGGGGUGUUGGCCCCUGGAGGAGUUCCGGCUGGCCAUGCUGCUGGGGCCCAGCACUGACCACCCAGAGGACCUGCGCGACCGGGCCUGCAGGACCUGCCUGGAGGCCUGUGUGCAAGGCCUUGGUGACCACGUGCUGAAGAGCGGGAGCCGCCGGCUGCGGCUGGCAGACCUCACAGGCAUCCGUGAUGUGCAGGAGCAGCGGUGUCCCUGUAGGAGGAUGCUGGGGAGGUGGGGCCGCACACAGCUGCUGGCCAGGACCUGCUGUGAGCUGCAGUCACAGCCCUGUGCGGCCGGGUGCUCUGUCAAGGUCCUGGCUGACCUCUUUGUAACUAGUGGCAACUUUGAGGCUGUGGUGCAGGCUCUGCAGCCAGCGGGCCCGGCCCCACUGCAGCUGUGCUGCCUCUCUUUUCGUGCAGACAGCCUGAGCCCUGGGCAGCUCCUGCUUGUGCUGGGCCUGGCCGAGCCCGCUACACUGCGCAAGCUAGAGGUAGUACACAAUGUGCGGCUGCAUGCUGGCCAUGUGCUGCAGCUGCUGACCCAGGUGGGCUUCCCCCAGCUGGCCUCGCUUACCCUGCCCACCAAGGCCUUCGAUGUGCCACCUACCUAUGCUCCAGCUCCCGAGGGCCAAGACCCCCUCCUUGCCUCCAUCGCCUGGGAACUGAGCCGCAUGACCCAGCUCACUGAACUCAGUGUGGCUUUCUCUUCAUUGACAGGGAAGAUCCGGACUCUGCUUGGCCCCCUCAGGACUCCACUGCGAGUGCUGGACCUGUCCAAUUGUGCCCUGAAUCAUGCAGACAUGGCCUUCUUGGCAGACUGUACCCAUGCCACCCACCUGGAGGUGCUGGACCUCAGUGGACACAGCCUGGUCCACUUGUACCCCUCCACCUUCUUCAAGCUGCUGCGCCAAGCCGCCCGGACACUGAGGGUACUGACGCUGGAGGACUGCAGCAUCUCGGACAGCCACGUGGGCAUGAUGACCCUGGGCCUGAGCCCCUGCACCCAGCUCCAGGAGUUCAAGUUCUUGGGGAACCCCCUGUCAGCACGUGCCCUCACACGCCUCUUUUCCACACUCUGUGAGCUCCCCAAGCUACAGCGUGUUGAGUUCCCAGUGCCAAAGGACUGCUACCCUGAGGGCAUGGCCUACCCCCAGGAUGAGCUGGCUGCAUCCAAAUUUGACCAGCAGAAGUACAACAUGAUUGCAGAGGAGCUGCACUUGGUUCUGCUGCAGGCAGGCCGGGAGGACAUUCAGGCUUCCACACCACUCUACGGAAGCUUUGACCCAGACAUUCAAGAAACAAGUAAUGAGCUUGGUGUUUUCCUUUUGCAAGCUUUCAAAAAUGCUUUAGAAAACUUUUCUAGAGCAUUGAGACAAAUUGAGUAGGCUCCCAAACCAUGCCAAGAAUGGCUCUUGCAUUUUAGCCCACGCGGCACCUGGGAUCCAUCCCAGAAAGGAGGGCUAGGCCAAGCUUUCAUCACCAGCAACGUCAUCGGCAAAAGGACUUCUUAGUGAAAAUGGUACAGUUAGGGGCUGUAGGAGAGGAAGUCCUGCCUUCUAGAUGCGACAUGUGGUGUCCCCAGGGGUCUCCACAGAAGGGCCCUGGAGCGAAGGAUCUGAGGAGAGAGGCCACAGCGGUGGCAGAAGAGAAGUGAUUGGCCAGGUGCUAAGGCACAUGGCCGUAGGGACAGGGUUCACCUGCUACACAACAGUGAGGACAAGGAAAUAAGAGAACUUGCUGCAGAAUAUGUAAAAAAAAAAGAAGAAGCAGCCCAUGAAAGCUAACUAAGAAAGCGAAACAGGAAAAGUAAAAAUGAAAAGUGAGCCAGACAGACCUCUGUGUCCAGCAGGAGGCGCUGCACACAGCAGGUCAUGGCUAGCGUGCUGCACCAGUGCUCACAAGACAAGGCCUAGGGAGAGGUGGGUGCCUUCCUCCCUUCUCUGGCAUCCAAAUGGGUGAGUGCUGACUCUUGUCCCAUCUCUGCCCAGCUGCUCUCUAGCCCCAGCCCUGGGCAUUCACAUCCUCGGUAGAUUGCAGUCUGGCACUUGGCAACCUUUAAGGGUGCUAAUUACCACCAGAGAAAGAGGACUUGGACUAGUUUCCACCACAACCUGCUUUGUCAAAGAACUGAGUAUUAGAAUGAUUAAAGGCUAAUAAAACAGAAG